AUGCUGGUUACACCAUGCCUGUUUCAGGAGCAGAUCAGCUUGAGUGAGCGACAGGAGGCUUUCCUGCUCGAGCGCCUGCCGCGUGCGUGGAAUGAGGAGAGCGUGCGAGAUGCAUUGAGAGGUUGUGGACAAGACUUGGGCGAGGAGUGGCGCAGCAAGGUUCUGCUGAUGCGCUCUCGCUUGGGCACGUCGAUGGGACGAGCCCUCGUGGCCUCCGCAACACACAUGCCUGAUGUUGUCAAGGAGCUUCCAUGGGGAACUGUCUAUCGCCCCAUGGACCGGGCAGACAUUGAGGCGUUUGUGGAGCAAUGCGAACGCUUUGUGCACCUCAGCGAAGACCUCAGGCGUGUUGCUGCGCCAGAGAACUUCCUCCGGGUGCUGACCAUCACCGAGGUGCCUUCGAACUAUGGUCGCAAGGACAUUGCCCACAUCCUCAAGGAGCGGUGCAAUGUAACCGUGGCACCCACCGACGUUGUCUUCCGCUUCAAGCGGUGGGGACGGCAGGCUGACACUUGCUACGUCGUCUGCCCAACACCCGAAGCCGUCGACCGCUGUGUGCAAGAAAUUCAGGAGCUUGCUGUGCCGAAACGAGUUGCCCAUGGCUCGCUGUUUGGAGCAGCUUUUCUCUGGUCUAGCCGUGCGACGCUCUUCUUGAGCGACCCGGCCUUGGACUUUCUGCUACAUGACUGCAAGACAUGGGUAUUUACAACCGGUUGGCAGGAGGAUAUGACUGAGGAGGAGUUCCUUCAGGUUCUGCACCAGCUUCGCUUCUACCCAGUCCGCGCGGUGCGUCAUCCCAUCGCAGCGGAUCAUUCCAGCUCCUUCUUCGUGAAGUUUGAGCAAAUGGAAGGCUUUAGUGGUGCAAAGCGAGCCAUGAUGAGGUUUCGCCGCCUGAAAUGGCGCUGGCGGAUCAAGCAGACAGUUCCCUUUUUCGCGUACCCGCGUCGCAUUGAUGUGCACCGGACAGGAGAAGCCCGGCAUGAAGAUGAGUUGAGCGAUGAUGAUUCUGACAUAGAUGAGCCUGUGCACUACUAG